AAAACCCCAAGUGGCAAGAAACCAAACAUUCAAACAAAAACAUUCAUAUCAUAUAUAAAUCACAACAAAUCUUCAAAAAUCAACUUCCAUAUCAUGAAAAACUUUUCUUACUUUUUCUCUCCAACCAAACAAUAUCAUCAUCAUCAUGUCUCGUUGGAACAUAAGGAGAAAGCUUUCUCCGGCAAAGAGAGCAUGGAAAACCAUCACAACAAGACUACAACCGAAGAUCCUUGACAUCAUCAACCUCAUCAAACACUCAAACAUCCCAACUGCCAUCAAAACGACAAGUCGUCGCCUCCUCUACACCCUCAGCUCCUUUCUCCCCACCAAACUCCGGUCCAUCUCCAACCCCUCCUCAGCCACCUUCCGCCGCCGCCAGACCACCACAAGCAACCACAACUACAGCUACAACUACUCUCACCAACCAGUCUACAAGAACUUCCCGGCCAUACACAUCGACGAGCUCUUCCCUUACUCCACAGGUGAGCAGCCACGUGGCCUUGUCUCCGCCACAGCCGGUGGUGGUGAUAAAAGUUUAGAGAACAAGAGUACUAAUAUUGUUCGUAGAAACACUGGAAAUAACAUUAUGUAUGGUCACGAAGCCAGUAGUAGUAAUAGGAAUAAUGAUAAGGGUAAACGAUCAGUAGUGGUUGAAGAUGGUCGUGGAGAUAAGGACAUGAAGAGAGUUGGUAGUAAUAAGAGUAUAUAUAGCGUGGAAGAGGCGUGGAUGGCGGUGGUGGCUUCGUCGCCGCAGCUCCGGGGAGUGGAUGAGAGGGCUGAGGAGUUCAUUAGUAAUUUCAGGGAAGAUAUGAAGCUUCAGAAGGAGAAGUCUAUUCUUGAGUUUCAUGAGAUGUUGAAACGUAGUGCCUAGCUAAGUUACCUAAAAUUAUCUCAUAUAUAUACAUACUUUUUUUGUUUAUAUAGAUAUACAAUAUAAACUACAUGAUAUGACAUUGGUUUAUUCUAGGAGAGCUUGAAAGUUCCAAGGCCUAUAAAGGGUUUGGAUCUUUGUUAUCAUAUUGGUUUUCAUUUCGGUUUUUGGUCUGUUUGUUUGGCUUAAGUUUGAUUAGAAAUGUUGGAAUUGUAUAGUGUGGUGACUUUUGUUCAUUUUGAGAAUUUGUAAUUGUGUGUAAGUAUUUGAUUUUUUUUGGUGUUCUCUGGUUUAUUUAACAGGGAACGAUCAAUUUUAUUUGUUUAUACUAUUUCUCUACAAAAAUGGAAUAGUUUGAAAUUCAAAAAUAA